CUCCCCACAUCCGGGUACCUGUCAGCCGGCCGCGCCGCCGCCCGCUCUCUGUUCUCUCUCAUUGAGGCGGAGUGGAGGGAGCGCGGGGAAGAUGGCGGCGGGGCGAGCCGGCUCCUUCGGUUCCUCUUCCUCCUCGCCGGGGCUCGGCGCGGGGGGCGGCCCGGCCGCCGGCAAUAACGCGGAGCUGCGGGCGGGGGGCGAGGAGGACGAUGGGCAGAACCUCUGGUCCUGUAUCCUCAGCGAGGUGUCCACGCGCUCCAGGUCUAAACUGCCUUCGGGGAAAAACGUCCUGCUGCUGGGAGAAGAUGGUGCAGGAAAAACUAGCUUAAUAGGCAAACUUCAAGGAAUAGAGGAGUACAAGAAAGGAAGAGGAAUGGAAUACUUGUACUUAAAUGUGCAUGAUGAAGAUAGAGAUGGUAAAUCAACAAGAUGUAAUGUGUGGAUUUUGGAUGGUGACCUGUAUCAUAAAGGUCUCCUUAAAUUUGCAAUGGAGGCUAUCCUAAAGGACACUCUGGUUAUGCUGGUCGUAGACAUGUCUAGGCCUUGGACUGCAUUGGAUUCCUUACAAAAGUGGGCAAGUGUUGUAAGAGAGCAUAUUGACAAAUUAAAAAUUCCUCCUGAAGAAAUGAAAGAAAUGGAACAAAAGUUGGUAAGAGAUUUUCAAGAAUAUAUAGAACCAGGAGAGGAUUUUCCAGCUUCUCCACAAAGAAGAAAUAUGUCAAUACAGGAAGACAAAGAUGACAGUGUGAUUUUGCCGUUGGGUGCAGAUACACUAACAUGUAACUUGGGCAUUCCAGUAGUAGUAGUUUGUACAAAGUGUGAUGCCAUUAGUCUCCUGGAAAAAGAACAUGACUACAGAGAUGAACACUUUGACUUCAUUCAGUCACAUAUCCGACGGUUUUGUUUACAAUAUGGUGCAGCGCUUAUCUACACUUCAGUAAAGGAAAAUAAAAAUAUCGAUUUAGUGUAUAGAUAUAUUGUCCAGAAAUUAUAUGGAUUUCCUUUCAAUGUAUCUGCUGCUGUUGUGGAAAAAGAUGCAGUAUUUAUUCCUGCAGGAUGGGAUAAUGACAAGAAGAUAGGAAUACUACAUGAAAACUUUCAGACACUAAAAGCAGAUGACAGUUUUGAAGAUAUCAUAACAAAACCACCUGUCAGAAAGUUUGUACAUGAAAAAGAAAUAGUAGCAGAAGAUGAUCAAGUGUUUCUUAUGAAGCAGCAGUCUCUAUUAGCGAAACAGCCACCUACUGCAGCUGGAAGGCCAGUGGAUGCCUCGCCAAGAGUUCCUGGAGGCUCCCCUAGGACACCAAACAGAUCAGUAACAUCCAACGUGGCCAGUGUCACACCCAUCCCUACUGGCUCAAAAAAAAUUGAUCCUAAUAUGAAAGCUGGAGCCACAAGCGAAGGCGUCCUAGCUAACUUCUUCAAUAGUUUGCUGAGUAAAAAAACUGGUUCCCCAGGCGGUUCUGGUGUUGGCGGUGGCAGCCCUGGAGGAGGGGGCAGUGGAGGUGGUGCCAGCAAUUUACCACCAUCAGCAAAAAAGUCAGGCCAGAAGCCAGUCUUGACCGAUGUUCAGGCAGAAUUGGAUAGAAUUUCACGAAAACCUGAAAUGGUCUCUCCCACAACACCUACUUCCCCCACAAAAGGUGAAGCAUCUUGAAGACACCAAAUAAAGCAAUUUAUUCAGUUUUCUGGGAUAAUUUAAACUUGCCUCUGCCUCUUCCUUCAGUGAGUGGAACUAGACAGCUGAAACACUUUUUCAGAGAAGGACAAACAAUUGAUGUCUUGAUUUCAUGUGUUGCCCAGCUUUACAAAAGGGAGCUAAUACAGAUGGAAAACUAUACCACACCAUAUAGGACUACUGUUCACGGUGGAAUUUAAAGAAUUAACUAAUUCCUGGAUUUUGUUGAAAAGCUGGUGUAAUUGUGUAAAAUGGCACAUAUGUCCAUUUAAUCAUAUAAUGUUAAAGGCUGCUUAAAGAGUUGGAAAAUGACAUGUAGCAUGGGCACUUAAUGUAUAUUGAUCUCCCAAUCUAUUAUAGUUGAAUUUAAUACAGGUUAACCUUGAGGGAUAGAGCUACUAGUUUUGCUGGAAGAGAGGAUAAUUGGUUGUUAUAACUUUUGUGUACCAACAAUAAACUAACCUGAAUAAAAUUCGACACUUCAUGUGGAAUAUGACAGCAAACCUGUCUGAUCUCGUUUGAGAUUUACGCUGCAUCAAAAACUUGAGCUAAACUUUCAUUCCAGCAUAAGACUUUAAAAUAUUGGCCAAUUUGAUAACUUCAGACACUGAAUAAACUAUUUGUGUAAAGAAAAAAGCAGAGGUAACU